UGCACUAUAAAACUGAUGGCUGUCCUCAGUAUCAAGCAUAGAAAGGUGACGGUGCUUGGUGAGAUCAUCAUGAAGACCUUCAUGCUGCUAGCUAUCCUUCUUUCACUGGCACUCUCAAGCCAGGCAGCAGGUUUGAACCUUGAAGAUAUUGUUCAAGGGCUGAAUGAUCUGGCUGAUAACAAAAGAGAACUUGAGAUGGGAAAUGUUGAGGAUGAAUCACAGGACAUGCAAGAGGGAGAGAUGGCAGAUGAAACUGAAUUGCAGGAUGACUCCAGUCAGUUAGAAGGGCAAGGAGAUGAUCAACAGCAAAAGAGAGAGCUUGAUUUUGAAGAGAAUGAAAAUGAAGAUGAAGAGGACUUGCUUAGUCAGAGAGAGUUGGGUGAGAAGUCUGUGGAUUUACAAAAUGAGAAUACUGAAGCCAACAGCAAGCGCUGGUAUGGAUGCAGAUAUAGUCACCGAUGGUUUGUAUGUAAACGAGGUAAGUGGAUAUAAAUAGGUUUGAGAUUGAGACAUGUUUCCCUGCUUA